UGGGGAUUGGAUACCUGGCUUCCUCGCCACCAUCACUCCCAGACAGGACUUCAUGUUACCCAAGGUGGCCUUGAACUUGGCUAAUGGAUGAAUUUGAGCCCCAGAUCUUUUUGCCUUCACCUCUGUGCUGAGGGUGUUAAGUCGGAGUACAGCAGAAAAUGUCCACCGAACGAACUUCAUGGACAAGCCUGUCCACUAUUCAGAAAAUAGCCCUGGGCCUUGGAAUCCCAGCCAGUGCAACAGUUGCCUACAUCCUCUACCGCCGAUACAGGGAAAGCAGAGAAGAGCGAUUGACGUUUGUUGGAGAAGAUGACAUUGAGAUAGAGAUGCGAGUUCCCCAGGAGGCUGUGAAGCUCAUCAUCGGCCGCCAGGGAGCCAACAUUAAGCAGCUUCGGAAGCAGACAGGUGCUCGGAUCGAUGUGGACACAGAGGACACAGGCGACGAGCGAGUGCUGCUUAUCAGUGGUUUUCCUGUGCAGGUGUGCAAGGCCAAAGCAGCAAUCCAUCAGAUCCUGACAGAGAACACCCCAGUGUUUGAGCAGCUCUCAGUCCCCCAGAGAUCUGUGGGCAGAAUCAUAGGGAGAGGCGGCGAGACAAUUCGAUCUAUCUGCAAGGCUUCUGGAGCUAAAAUCACUUGCGACAAAGAAUCAGAGGGAACCCUGCUGCUCUCGAGACUUAUAAAAAUCUCAGGAACACAAAAGGAAGUGGCAGCAGCUAAGCAUCUGAUACUGGAGAAAGUUUCAGAAGAUGAGGAACUUCGGAAGAGAAUUGCCCAUUCUGCAGAAACCAGAGUCCCACGAAAGCAGCCAAUCAGUGUGAGAAGAGACGAAGUGAUGGAGCCCGGAGGAGCAGGAGAAGCAGCUUUGUGGAAAAACACCAGUUCGAGCGCGGGGCCCGCUGCGCCCCUGGAGGCUCCUCUCUACAGAGGAGGUGGUGACACGGCUGCUGUGGGACCAAAAGAAGGUUCCUCGGAGAAAACCAAUGAUGACAGCUUUCAGAGUUCUGGUGCCCAGAGCAGUCCAGAGACGUCCAUGUUUGAAAUUCCCAGUCCUGACUUCAGUUUCCACGCCGACGAGCACCUGGAAGUGUAUGUCUCUGCUGCUGAGCACCCUAACCACUUCUGGAUCCAGAUCAUUGGCUCCCGCAGCCUGCAGCUGGAUAAGCUGGUCAGCGAGAUGACCGAGCACUACGACAACAGCCUGCCUGAGGACUUGACUGUGCACGUGGGAGACAUUGUAGCAGCGCCCUUAUCUACAAACGGUUCCUGGUAUCGAGCCCGGGUCCUCGGAACCUUGGAAAACGGAAACUUGGACCUCUACUUCGUUGACUUUGGAGAUAAUGGAGACUGCCCCCUGAAGGAGCUCAGGGCCCUCAGGGGCGACUUCCUAAGCCUCCCAUUUCAAGCAAUAGAAUGCAGUCUGGCACGGAUUGCCCCCUCAGGUGAGCACUGGGAAGAGGCGGCUCUAGACGAGUUCGACAGACUCACUCACUGUGCUGACUGGAAGCCUCUGGUGGCCAGGAUCUCCAGCUAUGUCCAGACUGGAAUCUCAACUUGGCCCAAGAUCUACUUAUAUGACACCAGCCAUGGGAAGAAACUUGAUAUUGGCCUAGAAUUAGUUCGUAAAGGCUAUGCAGUCGAAAUUCCUGAAGAUACGGAAGAAAACGGAACUGUCCCAGACAUGUUGAAGGACAUGGCCACAGAAGCGGAUGCUUCUCUUGCCGGCAUACUCACUGAGACCAAAGAGAGCCCUGAAGAGAUACCACACACCCUGUCCUGCCUCAGCUUAUCAGACGCUGCCUCUGUGCCUGGUGAUGACAACCUCGAAGAGGACUUAUUCUGAGGUCUGGGCGUCCACUGCCGGAUCCGCCAUCUGCUUUGCUGUGAUUUGGUGCCAGGAGAGAGGAGUCUGUGACAGAGCCAUGAAGUCCUCCUCUAUUUAGCUGUUGCUUGCUGUGGAUCAAAUCCAUUUUGUUCCAUUUGGACCUACCAGGAAGCGACAGAUGGAGGCAAACAGAUUUCUCCAUUUCAGUCUUCUGGUUCCUCCCGUCUUUUAAUGUUGACUGCUGCUGUGUAAUUUCUAGCCUCUUCACAUCAGGCCCAGUCUCCCCUCUGCCAGGAAUAAUUUGCAUUACUGCUAGGCUGUGUUCUUUUUGAGGCUGGGAAACAGCCAAGGUUUGGGGGCAUUGGAAAUGAUGAUUCUACAGAUUUCUGACUCACCUUAUCAGGUGACUGUAGUUACAGGAAGUAUUAUUGGACUCAGAAGACUGCAGUUGUCAGGAGACAAAGGCAAAAAUCAGCAUAAACAUAUCUAAAAGCCGCGUGGGGAGGAGAGCAUUACCCCUCACGCUCAGUUGAUGAGGUGG